GUUCUAAUUACCCAGAGACAGUUAUGGUCAACUCUGGACUGGAUGCAACACUUUUCUAUAAUAGAUCAACUUAUGAGAAUGAGAAUGAUUUCAGGGGGUAUCGUGCUGAGAAAAAUUCUCUCCAAUUUGCUCACAUGACUAAAAAUGAAUCAAAAGGUGCUUGUUCUGCCCCACGUUCGGAUAUUUGUGUGAAACGGAAGAUAGAGUUUCAGAAGGAUAACCAAACGCAUUUGUUGCUGGUGAAGAUCUUCAACACGACAGUCAAUGAUAGCGGAAUGUACGUAGUCUGGGCCAGAUUUAGUAGUAGUGAGAAGCUCCAUCCAAACGAGAAAACAGCGAAAUGCUUAAAAGUGAUACAUGUGAAAGUAGAAGGAGAUGUCUGUUCUAAUUUCCCAGAGACGGUUACGGUCAACUCUGGACUGGAUGCAGCACUUUUCUAUAAUAUAUCUACUUACGAGAAUGGCGAGCAUUUCAGGGUGUAUCAUGCUGAGAAAGAUUCUCUCCAAUUUGCUCACAUGACUAAAGGUGAAUCAAAAGGAGAUUGUUCUGGCCCACAUUCGGAUAUUUGUGUGAAACGGAAGAUAGAGUUUAGGAAGGAUAACCAAAUGCAUUUGUUGGUGGUGAAGAUUUUCAACACGACAGUCAAUGAUAGCGGACAAUACUCAGUUUGGGCCAGAUUCAGUAGUACUGAGAAGCUUCAUCCAAACGAGAAAACAGCAAAAUGCUUGAAAGUGAUACAAGUGAAAGUAGAAGAUAACUUCACAGAAACCUGGACGAGUUCUACGCCACAGUCGACUCAGGUCUACAACUCCAGCAGCAGCAGCAGCUCAGGUCCCAGCAGUUUACAGAAAAAUAGCCACCCGUUUCCUUCAUUGGCGACAGGAUUGAUUGUACUUGUUUUCAUUAUAUUAAUCGGAAUUGGUUUCGUCUAUUUUCGGAAUCGUCAAAAUAAAAGAAAACAAAAAAUAUUCCCUUCUGAGAUAGAAAUGGCCCCAACUCAACCUCCAGCCCAGGGACCUAGCUCUGGAGGAGAAAUGGUGGUCACUAGCUUCUAGUGGUAACACUUGCUGAGUUGCCAAUCUUUAACCAUCAGCUAUACGUUAGAGACUACCGCCCCAUUCUUGUACAAUCAACAUUCAUUUGAGCCAGGGGAUAGUAACAUUAGUUUGAUUUAAACAGAUUUUGAAUAACAAGUACUUUCCUUCAAGGAUUGACUCAUCACUGAAUAAACGCGAUGAACUUGUGUCCUCAUGCCGCCACAGAAAGAAAGCGUUACUGCGUUCUAA